AUGGAGCAGCCUGGCCAUGGAGCCCCUGAGAGCGCCGGGCGCGGAGGGCGCGGGCGGCGGCGGCGGGGAGGCGGCGGGCGGCGGGCCGCUCUGGACGGCCGUCUUCGAGUACGAGGCGUGCGGCGAGGACGAGCUGAGCCUGCGGCCGGGGGACGUGGUGCAGGUGCUGUCCCGGGACUCGCAGGUGUCCGGCGACGAGGGCUGGUGGACGGGCAAGAUCGACCAGCGCGUCGGCAUCUUCCCCAGCAACUACGUGAGCAGCGGCGUGCAGGGGGCCGGCCCCGAGCUGCGGGCCCGAUACCCGCCGCCCCCCGCCAUACAGCUCCUGGAGAUCGACUUCUCAGAGCUUGUUCUGGAGGAAAUCAUUGGCAUAGGGGGCUUCGGAAAAGUAUAUCGAGCUGUGUGGAUAGGAGAUGAGGUUGCUGUCAAGGCAGCUCGCUAUGACCCUGACGAGGACAUCAGCCAGACCAUUGAGAACGUCCGCCAAGAGGCCAAGCUCUUUGCCAUGUUAAAGCAUCCGAACAUCAUCGCCCUCCGGGGUGUAUGUUUGAAGGAACCGAACCUUUGCUUGAUCAUGGAGUUUGCCCGUGGAGGAUCGCUAAAUAGAGUGUUGUCUGGUAAAAGGAUACCUCCUGACAUAUUGGUGAACUGGGCAGUACAGAUUGCAAGGGGAAUGAACUACCUGCACGAGGAAGCGAUUGUUCCCAUAAUUCACCGUGACCUCAAGUCCAGCAACAUACUGAUACUCGAAAAGGUGGAAAACGGAGAUCUGAGCAACAAGAUACUGAAGAUCACGGAUUUCGGCUUGGCCAGGGAAUGGCAUAAAACUACCAAAAUGAGCGCAGCUGGGACAUAUGCCUGGAUGGCUCCUGAAGUCAUUCGCUCCUCCAUGUUCUCCAAAGGCAGCGAUGUGUGGAGCUACGGUGUGCUGCUUUGGGAGCUGCUAACAGGGGAAGUACCAUUCCGAGGAAUUGAUGGACUUGCAGUAGCAUAUGGUGUUGCCAUGAAUAAACUUGCCCUUCCAAUCCCUUCCACGUGUCCAGAGCCUUUUGCCAAACUCAUGGAAGAUUGUUGGAACCCUGACCCACACUCACGACCUUCCUUUACCAGUAUCCUAGGCCAUCUCACUGCCAUAGAAGAGUCUGGUUUCUUUGAAAUGCCCAAAGAUUCCUUCCACUCCCUGCAGGAAGACUGGAAACAAGAGAUUCAAGAGAUGUUUGAUCAGCUCAGAGCCAAAGAAAAGGAGCUUCGCACGUGGGAAGAAGAGCUGACUCGUGCUGCUGUUGAACAGAAGAACCAUGAGGAGUUGCUCCGAAGGCGGGAACAGGAGCUGGCAGAGCGUGAGAUUGAUAUCCUGGAAAGGGAGCUCAACAUCAUCAUCCACCAGCUGUGUCAGGAGAAGCCCCGGGUGAAGAAACGCAUGGGGAAGUUCAAGAAGAAUCGGCUCAAGUUAAAAGAUGGCAAUAAUAUCAGCCUGCCUUCAGAUUUCCAGCAUAAAUUCACUGUGCAGGCUUCUCCAACGAUGGAUAAAAGGAAAAGCUUGAUCAGUAGCUGCUCCAGCCCUCCUGCAAGUCCUACCAUUAUUCCCAGACUCAGGGCCAUACAGUUGACUCCUGCUGAAAGCAGUAAAACAUGGGGACGAAACUCAGUCCUUCCAAAGGAGGAAGGAGAGGAAGAAGAGAAGAGAGGCCAGAAGAAAAAAGGGCGCACGUGGGGACCAAGCUCACUUUGUCACAAGGAGCUAGGUGCAGGAGAAGAUGGUCUAAAAGCUCUGGUAGAAGGAUACAAACAGUGGUCAUCCAGUGCACCAAACCUAGGGAAAAUCCAGAGAACUGCACCUGCUUUUCCAGGAUUCACCAGCUUAGCGGAGAUGGAUGAUGAAGACAGCGAAUGUCUUAAUGGGGAGGGCAAAGUGCACCCUUCACCUGGGCACAACCAGUCAUACCUCUGCAUCCCAUUUCAGAAGAAUGAAGACUGGGAUGGGCCUUCUAGUGAUGCCAAUGAUGAGUCCACCCCUGUGAACUCUGCUACUAGCACCCCACAGCUAACACCCACCAACAGCCUCAAACGUAGUGGCUCCCACCACAAACGGUGCGAGAUUGCCUUGCUUGGCUGUGGAGCGGUGCUGGCUGCUGCAGGCCUGGGGUUUGAUCUGCUAGAAGCAGGGAAGUGUCAGCUGCUGAUUGAAGAGGAGCCAGAGCCACCCAAGGAGGAGAAGAAAAAGCGUGAUAGCAUUUUCCAGCGAGCUGGACGCCCACGCAGGAGCACUAGCCCACCUUCCCGAAAAAUCUUCAAAAAAGAUGAGCCCAUGUUGUUGCUAGGCGAGCCAUCCACAUCCCUCACCCUUCUUUCCCUGUCUUCCAUUUCUGAAUGUAAUUCCACCCGGUCCCUGCUGCGCUCAGACAGUGAUGAGAUUGUGGUGUAUGAAAUGCCUGUCAGCCCUGUGACGGUCAAGGCUCCCUUGCCAGCCAUUAACAACCCAUUAGUCAAUGUCCAGAUUGAGAGGUUCAAACAAGACCCCAACCAGUCCCUGACUCCCACGCAUGUGACGGUCUCUUCCCACACCCAGCAAGGCGGGCACAGGCGCACACCUUCUGAUGGGGCCAUCAAAGGGACUGGACUAGUUGUCAAUGGGUGCCCAACCAGUGGAUGCCCUUCCAGUAGCUGUUUAACUGGAGCACUGGGAGCAGGUGUAUUAAAAACACCUAGUCCAAGUAGAGAUCCAAAUGAGGUCCCUCGCCUGCCAGACCCCAACCUUGUUUUUCCUCCAACCCCGAGACGAUGGAAUGCACAGCAGGACCCCACACUGGAAAGACCCAAGACGUUGGAGUUCCUGCCUCGGCCUCGUCCCGCAGCCAGCCGACAGCGGCUUGAUCCCUGGUGGUUUGUGUCACCCAGCAAUGCCAAGGGUGAAUCUUCUGCCAACAGUUCAAGUACUGACACUCCGAGCAAUCUGGACUCUUGUUUUGCGAGUAGCAGCAGCACUGUGGAAGAGAGACCCGGACUUCCUGCACUGCUUCCUUUCCAGGUGGGUCUUCCUGUAGAGGAGCGGACACUGUUGGACAUAGAUGCUGAGGGGCAGAGCCAGGACAGCACCAUUCCGCUAUGCAGAAGUGAACUUAACACACACAAAGCUGCAGCAUAUGAACUCAAGCAAGAAUUCUGGUCUUAGUAUGAAAUCCACUGGGGACAGUAAGCCUCUCUAAAUUCACUCCUACUUUUUGCACUGAGAAUGCACUUUGAAGACAGAUGAGAUGGAGGGAUGCUACAGAGAUCAUAUGGUGCUGCCUCUGCUGAAGAUGUUGUUCGACUGCCUGAUUGUUGUCUGCAGUUGGAUGUAACUUAGCAACUCAAAGCUGCUGACCUUUGCUGUGGGGUUUUUCUGUAGUCUUCCCUGUCCUCUUACUGUAGUUUGUAUCUGCAGUAAGCUAAAAUUAUCAUAUCAAAGUCUUUGUUACUGACCUUAUAGGAUUUGGCACUUGCAGUAAGUAUACUGGUAUCUAUCCUGGUAUUAAUCAGUAUUUUCAAAACUCAAGUACUAUAAUACAGCAGACACCAGUGUUUAUUUUCCCAAAGAUUCCAGGCCAGAAACAAGUUGUUAUCUGGAGACUACCUUCUCUAAAAUGUAUCAUUAGAAAGGCCUGGAAAUCGUGGUGUCCCCACUGAAGGAGCAGAAAUAAUUAUCUUACACUUGCUUGCCCCAUUUUGCUCAUGUGCUAGUGCAAGGUGGAACAGAUUGCUGAGGAAGGGCAUGGCAUCUCCAUUGAUGGAGGUCUUUGAGAACAGUCUAGGCUGUUGGGAAUGAGUAGAUAAGUUGAUCCUGGCUUCAAGGUGGGGUGUGUGGACUUUGAUCUCUUGAGGUCCCUCUCAGCCCUAUUUUUCCAUGACCCUUUGCUUUCAAAAUGAUGAAGGGGAAUAGUAUGACCAUUCACUCUAGCUUGCUUUUUUGUUUUGAGCUUUAGUUCCAUCAGCCUCCUUUUUUUUUCCCCCCUAUAUCGCAGGCUCAUAGUCAAGCUGCCUCAGCUUUGGGAAGGGAAUUGGCAGGAACUCUUUCUUUAAAGCUGUGUUGGCUUGCAGAAGUAAGUUAUGUCCCCUCUUUCUUUUUUUCUUCCUCUUCUUCCUCCUUUCUUACUCUUUUUAAGGAGUGGCCCUUGAAACCCAAGACUGCUCUUGUGCACACUGAUAUUUGUUGAAGGCUCUUUUGAAAUUGAGACUUGUGUUGUUAGUAGUUGGAUUGUGCAAAUAGGAAUCAGAACAUCUGGAUUCUGUCUCAUUUAGUUGCUGACUCACUGUGUGACCUUGGGCAAAUAAUGUAACCUCUCCGUGCCUGAAUUUCCCCAUCUGUAAAUAAUAGGGUUAAUACCUACCUCACGGGGGGGGGAUGGGACCUAUGUAAUUUGUAUAAAGUCCUUUGACAUCUUUGCGUGGAAGGCAUUAUAGACAUGUAAAACAUUUUUGUUUAAAUCUGUAAAAACUCCUAACUCUGGACAAGUAACAGACCCCUCUCUUGCAGGAGGAAGUCACACAACUAAGGUGUGCCUAUGAUCACAGUUUUCUUUAGAGACUGCAAGUGUGUCUGUGCCCAACAAGUCUAUCUUACAGCUUUAAUGAGAGCUUCACUCUUGCCCAGUUUCAGCAUUAUACGUUAGGGAUGUGGCCUUUACGUGAGAUUAUUAGGGUAGUCUGCUUUAUUGCAGGGUACAGCAUAUCUGUUUAGUUUUUUGUACAGAUCUCUGCUCAUUCUGCUAAUCUGCUAACCAUUUGGGUGCAAAUGACUGACUUCAUGGUGCUGCCAGUGUUGCGCUCACCCGGUUAGGGAAGUCUAGCCCUGUAGUGCAGGCAGUGUAGCUGAAGGCUUUCUUGCAGCAGCACAGACAACAUGAUUGUUCAGAUGUUUGCAACCUUAUGUUAAAAACCAGCAUGCGUGGGGAAAUGCUGUCUUUAGUUGUUUUUUUGAUUCUGUCUGAGGGCUAAACCCAGCAUGUUGCCAUUGGUCAAGUGCACCCUUUUAUCAAGCAAAUACAGUAUGUUACCACAGAGAAAAGUCACAUUUCUUUGCUCAUCUCAUUCCAUGAAACUUAUUUAAUGGCAGAAUUACUCUUUGCCUAUUCGAUUGAAUGAUCCAGAGUUAGCCUAGAUGAUGUUACAAUGGCAGCUGAAGCUGGAUGGACUGCUGACUGCGUAGGCAAGGUACUCUGGUGUGGGGCUAAGAAACUUUAAAAAGAAAACUUACAUUUCUGGCACUUGUGUUAAACAUUGGCCUUUAGCAUUUUGGGUUUCUUAAACAUGAGAGCGGGGAACCCCACAAACAGGUGAUUAAUUUCCAUUGUGCUAUAGAAACAAACUCAAGGAAAGAAGCCUGGUCAGAAGUUGGGUCAGAGGGACUUAAAGCAAGAGAUUAAAACUACCGAGUUCUCAUGGUCUCCCUUAUCCUUCUAGAAAGUCUGAAGCAAAACUGGAUCAGCUGUUCUGAAGAGUUAUACUUUCUGUGCAAAAAGUGUCACUACAAAAGUCAUAGGAAGCAGCCUCUGCUCUCCAAAGACAUCAUCUGGAAUAGCUCUUUUGCGUAGGAAAGUUAAAGAAGAAACAAAAUCCUUUCCUUCUCUCUCACUUCUAGAUAAUCACUUGGUGAAGGUGGUGUGUAGCUAACCUGUUAGAAGUAUUUUGUUCCAAAGAGCAUCUUCCCUAACACCAAAGGGACAGCAAAGGAACUGAGUGGGCAAGCUGACAUAGAAUUUAAGGAUCCAGAUUAGGGUUUCCAGUUUAGAUAUUCCAUAUUACAGAGCUGCCAGAAAGAUUGGGUAGGACCAUAAUGCUUUCCAAAUGUUCCUUGGAUGCAAUUAUCUUAAUUGAAUCUAGCAUGUGAAAUAAAACAAGGUAGUCUCUUCGAGCAUCGACCCAUAAAUGAGUCUUCCAUCUGUGAUCGGUCCCUGGACUAGCCUGAGGUAUCAGGCACGAGGUGUCUGUUGUAAAACAUAGCUGUAGUCUUUAGCAAGUGGUGGGAUAUUCUCUGACAGGCAGAGGGCUCUCAAGGCAAAGAGUUGUCAGGUAUUUACUGUAUGCAUCCUGAAAGCUGAGGCCGUGUGCAUGUUAAAGCCAGGCAGAACCUUUCCCUAUAUCCAUCUUGGCAUGACAUCCUGGCUUGAUUUCUCUCCUGCCUUAAUCUGUUUGUUAUUUUUCCAUCCCAGCUGUGGGUGCCGAGGUUCCCCAAAUCCCCAAAAGAGUGCUUCACUAUAGUCCGCUAGGUACUGAGAAGAAACGAGCCAGUCAGGAAGCUCAGAUCUCUUUUUUACUGGUUAUUAGUAUUCCUGUUUCUCAGUGAGACGAAAGUUUCGUUAUUGACAUACCUUUCUAGCAGUGUUCUUGAGAAAGAUGGUGAAAAUCUUGCUAUAAAAAUAAAUGUAUUUUUUCUUUAAAUACCUGAAUAAGUUGCACUUUUUUGCUAAGAAGCAGAAAAGGAGAACACAAGAUCACGAAACCACUGAGCAGUUUAAAACAAUGAGAAGAGAAUGGAAUAAAAUGUGUUAAAGUAAUUACAGGGCUCACAAAGAGGAAAUGACAUUUUGUAACUGAUACUAAGAGUAGUAAGAUUGUUGCUGUGAAAAAAAUUGAGUUUGGAAAUACAUAUGUAUUUUCUUUAAAAUAGUUGGCUGGCAAUAUAUGUCACUAAUUUAUGUAACUGAUUUAGGAAUUUAGAAUAUUUUUGCCAACCCUUCAAAAUACGCCAUCCCUGUAUUCUGUUUUUCCUGUAAAAUUGAGGGGAAAGCACAGAUGUAGCGACAAUGCAAAAAAAUACAUUUUUUUUUUUACUAAAUUUCUACUGGUUUCACAGAAAUUGAAUGUGGGACAUGUAGAGAGAAGAAAGCUUUUGUGUCAAAACUAAGGCGGUAAUAGUUAUGGAUUUUUUGUAAUAUUGUUGCUUCCUAUGGACUGCACAAUGCUCUGUUUUGCCAUCAAGGAGGUCUCAUCUCCUUUGAUCCUUUUCAGAGGUGCAAAUGUAACUUUUUAUAGGUAUCUUUUUUCCUUCAGAUUAUUAUUGCAGUGGGUUGAUAUUCAGUAUGGGGCAGGGAACCUCAAUGAAAAUAUUCUUUUUGUAAUGGUUUUCUAACAAAAUGAGUAUUUUCAAAGUGAAUUUUUCAUUAUUGAUGUGGAAAGACCUGUUCUGGUUUGGUAUGCUUUUAUGAUGAAGUAUUUUUCUGUACCUCUAGGAACGGGAGUAGUUGCCUUCCUCUUCAUAGCAUGCUGUUAUCUUAAGACUUUAUGGACAAUACUGCGUAGAGAUGUUACUUCGAUUGUCAUGAAACUGGAUACCUCUCAUUCUGUUGAAGGUGAGGCAGUAAUGAUUGAGUAGAGAAAGGUCUUUACCAUCUGGAGUGUUUUAUUAAGGAGAAAAUGACAGGAAACCUCCUAACAUGAGCCACCUUUCUAUCUUUUACCUAACUUUUAUUUGAAACUUAAUUCAUCUCUGUGGGAUGAAUAUGGGAACUGGAGACCCAUUAGCUGUAUAGAACCAAACUUAAUACAAUAUCCCCAAAUUCAGUGUUAGCUUGUUACUUUUGUAAGUAAUUUUAAGCUAGUAUCAAUGUUGUUUUUUUUUCUUUGGGUUUUUUUGAAACCUUUCCUCUUGGAAAAUGAUGCUUAUUGCUUUCUAAGCUUUUCCAUGCAUUUUGGAACUACUCUUAAUAACUCUUCAACUCUGUGGCAAAUAGGAAGUUAUAUCUUGCAGUGAUAUAGGUCCUUCUUUCAGCUUCAGUUUUUUCAACAUGAAACAAGGAAACCUAUAUUUGGAAAUGAAGAUAUCUGAUCCCUGUUGCUACAGGAUAGUUGCUUUGCUUCAGUAUUUAUAACUCGCUUAAGGCUAUAAUUUGGGUAAAACAGGAUACUAACUGUGAGGGGAGAGGCAUGUGUUAAAAUACAGUUGCAAACCAGCAAUAAGUACAGCGUGUAUGUUCAAACAGAACCAAAACACACUCAUGCUGUCAUAGAGGACAACGUUAAGGUUUCCUAAACCUUUGGUUCAUUAUAUAAUUAAGAUAUCUUUAAGAAAUAAUGUCUUCCUGUGUUUUUCUUUUAAGUUUACUAUGGUAAGAUUAGAAUAAGGUGGUUGGCACAGCCAGUGGUCUUGUAUCUAGCUGGAGAGAAGGUAUUUUUAAUCAGAUGUUUAUCAUUUUUCUAUUUCUGUAUCCAGUAUUGUGGUUUAGAUUUUCCUUUUUUGUUGUGGUUAGCAAACAAAAGAGUCUUAAGAAGAACUUGUGUUUGUUUCCUCAGCUCUGCUUUCACAGUUUCACAAAACAAUACUGAAAUGCAUUUAUAGCUUAUUUUGCUGCUCCCUCUUAUGAACACACUAGUAGAAUGGCACAUGCUGCAGUGUUAAUGUGCAUUUGCUUUUGUUUUUUCUCUUGCUCAGCUUUUUUAAGCAGCUUUGCCAUUGGUCAUAGAUGAAUACAGCUUCUGAAAUCGCCUACAUCAGCUUUAUUUUUGUAUUUUAAAAACAUUCAUUCCCAAGCUAAGAAGCAUGUGCUUGAUUAUAAGGUAAUUUCCCACUGGUGACUGGGUGGUGGAUCUCAUGUAGCUACCAGACGACUUCUUGUUCCUUCCUAACAAGUAUCCUUUUUUUUUUUCCACUAGAAAAUCUUCAGCACUUCAUCAGUGUUGUAUACAAGAAACAUGUUUCACCUCUUUCUGUACAUGAAUUAAAAAAAAAAAAAAAACUUUUUUGUUUGGUUCCAAAUGACCAGGAACAGCAUUUUCCUACUGAGUGUUGCUUUUUGGGCUGGUCUUUCUUAAGCCUGUGAAUCACCUAUGUGUAUUUUAGGUGCAUCCGUAUUCCUAGGUGCCUUCUGUUUCACAUGCAUCUUUGCUAAGGCCUUAGGUUGUUUUUUUGGAGGGAACUCUUGGAAUGAUGUAGCUUUCAGUACUGUAGUGUUAUCAUACAUCAGGCCAAACACCAGCACUGCAAACAUUUUGUGUCCUCCCAUUUGCUGACUUGUGUACACCCCUGUGGAAACAAGUGCGCUAUCAUUAGCUCUCCUUAUCUCUUGGUUAGAAUUCUAAAUACGUUAUUUCAGUGGCUGUCCCUAUCCCGUCUUAAUCAGUUAUUAAUUCUUGAUACUGUAAUAUUAUGGGGCCCAAGACAGAAAACAACACUUGUUUUAGGUGUUCUUUGACCUAAAACAUUUUCAAGGUAGAAGCAUAAAACUCAGCUGGGGGAAGUGAAGGUGGAAGUUGACAGAAAAUAGCCAAUACAUGGGUAAAAUUAUUAUUCUUUUGUAGUAAAACAGUCAGGAUAGAGGAUGCUACCUGCUUGGUAAUCUCUGGGCAUCAUAGGUAAGUUGGGUCCUAAAGAAGAAUUUGAGGAUUGUGUAGUGACUUUGUUUCUGGUUGUCUUUAUUUUACCCUGAGCUACCUCAUUUGUAGAGAUGGAGUGUGAAGAAAGGGUAAGGGUGUUGGUUUUUUUUUUUUUGGCAGGAAUUGUUCUAGGUAGGCAGUUGAGGCUGGAAUGAUGAGAGGACAGAGGAAAACACUUGUAUUUGGCUCUCUGACACUCAGAUUCCUGAUGGAAAAAUAAAACCAGCGGUUCAGUUUGAUAAGUUAAGGUUAUGCUUGCUUUUACUAUGUAGGUCUCCAAAAUAAACAGUAAAUGACAAGGCAGAGGGCAUGUUUCCUGAUGGUUUUCAACCCAUGGAAGAGCUGAACGUCUGCAGUGUGGAAAGGUGGUAAUUUCAUAUUGGUCACUGCUGCUGUUAAAGGUGAAAGUAUGUUUUUUGAAACAGAUCUUUUUAUACUCUCGUAUUCUUUAAGUGAACCUGUGUGCAGUCUUGUUUCCCUGUAUUCACUGUUGUUUUCCUAAUAUAUUUGAUUUCAAUACAGUUCUCAUGUCUGAAUGCUAAUAAUGUGCAGACAGUCCAAUAUAGCUAAUACUAAGAAACCAUGACACGUUUUUAGUGUGUAAUAUAGUGGAUUUAUAAGCUUGAAGUGGGCACCUGUUGGGUCUGUAGCUUAUGGGUCACUCAGAUGCUAGCCCAGCUAGCAAAUGGAGGCUUAGACCAACCAGAUCUGCAGAAGGAAUGCCAAAGUUGUAUUUGCUUAGAAUAAGUUAUGUGAAAAAUAAUAAUGCUGAGGAAAAAUGUUCCUUCAUUACUCAGAAGUACUUUUCUAGGAUCUUGUCCAUGCUUGGAGUUUAGCUUCCAGCUAGUGAGAGCCCACAUUGUUUUUAAAAGUAGUUGGCUGAAGCCCCAGCAUAAGACCAGGAUAAAGUAUUUAUUUAUGCUGUUUAGGAGUGAUUAGCACUGUCUCUUUGUCCUACCUUGAUUGUUCCGAUGUAGCAUUUUCUUGAGAACAGAUGCUGAGGUUGGGUAAAACUAACCUUCUUGCCUUGAAGCAAGAGAGGGGAGAGACACGGGUCUGAGAAAGAAGAAACAUUGCUCUAGCCAUGUCCUAAUGCUUUUCCCUCUCUUAGUAGCAGAGGUUAUAAUGGAGCAGAAAGACGUACCAGUGCUUUUUCAGGCUUCAUUGAUAAGAAUGCUGCUAACAUGAGAUUUCAGUAUAUAAACAAGUUCUUUGGGAACCCUUGUAAUUGUUUUCUUGUCAUUGAGUUUCAAAACAAAUGGGGUCUCUGAUUAGUGUUUGGCUUAGCUCAGUUGCACGCUGAUCUUCUUGAGUUUAACUGCAGUUGGAGGAGAACUGAGCUUUUUCCUUGGGUUCUUCUGGAAUUUCAUAGAUGUGGCCGCUUCUCAACUUGGGGGUAAGGUAUUGGGAUGUUUCUUCCCAGGCACAGUUUGUAUCACAAAAUGAGUUCUCUUGAUUGAUUGCCCAGAUAUUCAUAGUCGGCUUGUAUUUCUGUCUUGCAUGCUUUAGUGAGCAGCUCUUAAAAUGUCAACAUGGUUAGCACUCGUAUCUGAAUAGGGCAGCUAAUACCUCUGAGCUGAUUUUUUCACUCUGCAUCUAAAGCAGAUGUUACUGCAUCAGUUCUGCCAUUGCUCUGUUUUCAAGGUUAUCUUGGCGACCGUAACAUCCAGAAAUCCUAGGCUGUAAAGAACAACUCAGCAGCAAGAAAAAAAAAUAAAAAAAAUAGAAAGCAUACCAGUGUUUGCCGGUUGAGCAGUUGAGUUUGGCCAGUGCUCUUUACAGGGAGUAAAAGCCAUUUUUGUGCAGCAUAAGUCCGUCUGAGAGACAGCGGAAUUCCAAGUGGAGAAUAUACCUAGGUCUGCUUAAAAUCAGUGCCCCUCAUAGUUGUCAGUUUUAAUAAGAAACCAUGUAAAACUAAGAACAUCUAGUAGUAAAAAUGUGUAUUUGGGGCACUGUCUUUUAACUAGAAGGGCAAGAGGCUUCAGUUCAAGGAAGCUAUUCAUCUCAUAAUUAAACAUCACUGGAAUCAAUUGAAUGUAUCUGGGUCCAAAUACACAAGACCCCAAGUCAGCAAAGCUAUUCUAAUCUGACCUGGGGUGUCUGUAGAGAUUAAUGGUGAAGGACCAGCCUCUAUACUUUGUCAGAGGAAGUUCCCUCACAACUUUCUGGGUUUGAUUGCUCUGACUUGUGUGGCCUUUCCACGCCUGCAUUUGCCAUGCCUGUUUGACUGCUAAUUCUUACCAUAAACAAGGGAAGCUUUGAGAGAAUGUUCUGACACAGGAGGGAAAGAGCAAUGACUUCGGCACUAGCAGAUUGCUAGUUGCAAAGGGGCAAUAAGUGGUGUGUGGAGGUUUUAUGUACAAAUGCUGGUGUUAAACCUGAGGCCUCUUCUCAGUUUUGUUUUUCCAUUUCAAAAACGCAUCCUUCCAGGCUGGUGGGCAGACCUGACAAGUUCGAUAGUGAUCAACAUCCACCACCAUUGUUAGGUUCUUGGGUUCUUGUUUGUCAGCUGUUGGCCCAGCAUUUUGUGCUGGUGUGUAUGAUUUCUUUGCUAUAAAUGCAGAACAAGCUGGGAAUUUUGGAGAUAUUUUGCGUGACUUAAGUUUAGAGGCUUAUAUGGAGUGGGGAGGGCAACAGUGGUAGAAAAAUCAGGGAAACUACCUGUGCUUUUAACAAUGUCUCUUCUGUGGCUUUGAAAGUCCAAGAAUUUCUAAGCCAGAGAAUGUAUUUCCUCCCUCUUUUUAUAAGCUAUGUCUUUCUUUUGCCUUAUUAAUUGUGGAUCUGCUCCUGCUUCUGUUUAAAUCCAGCUGCAAAAAUCAGUGACCUGACUUCCUAGGUACAAUGUUGUAAGUCUGAAGAACCAGGUGAGUAGAUUACUCCCAGUGUAAGAUCAUGCCCACGUGUCCAUUCAUUUGAGAUAUGGGAUAGUUCCUGCUUGUGUUGAAAUUCCUUUAUGGAGCGUGUUAGGUACUUUGUAAGAAACUCCAAACUCUGCAGGACUGGGAUUCAUCUUACGACACUAAGUAUUUCAGUCCAUUUGUGGAGACCUCCUGUAUGUCUUCUCUUCUGUUCAUGGUGUUCAAAAGUCUGUUGCUAUGGAAGUAGCACCUGAGGGUGUGUUUUGCCUGAAGAACCUGCAAUGAAGCAGUUGCAUUAGCAAGUGGUAAUGUACCCCAGAGUUGAGUAAACUAAUGGAAGCCACCGAGUUUUUCUUGUUUGUGUGAUGAAAUGUUGUCAAAUGAAGUGAUUUGUUGGAGCCUUCCUUUAACCUCUGUACAGCAGUAAGCUUAGGGGAAAAUAAGAUUGCAUUAUUUUUUAAAAAGCUUUAUUUGUGACCCGGCCUUGUUGCCUCUGACCCUCUUGGGCUUAAAUAGUUAAAUUAUAUUAAUGUCCAGUUUGUUUCACUGUAGGUAACACAUCAACUGAAUACUCUUGUGCAUAAUCUACUGUAUCUUUCCUCUGUUCUGUGUCAAUGUAUUAUGUGUAUUUGGAUUACAGUUCUUUUUUUGUAUUAAAUUAUUUUAUGUUAUAGAACAAUAUUUAAGCAAAGCAAAGAGCUAAUGAAGGUUGUUGGCGUUCUGAGAUUUUUUUUCUCUUUGCUUUUUUUUGGAUGUACUGUAAAUUGUAAACCAAGGAUGCCAAGCAGGCUUGGUUCAAUGGCUAAAAUUAUUGUAUUACAGUGUAAUGCUGAUCUAGGCCUUGUCUCAACACUAGAGCACACAGACUUGAAUAAAACUGUUACAAAAGUGA